AUGGAAGAACUCAACAAGAUGAUAGCUCAGACUUCAGUGUAUGAUUGGGAAAGAGAACUUCAAGCCUUUGAUGAUUCAAAGGCUGGUGUAAAGGGACUUUUGGAUGCUUGUGUCAGAAGUUUACCACGUAUAUUCUUACACAACCAGUAUGUGGCUGAAAAGCAAUCAGACUCCGAGAUGGUUACAAAGUUUAGCAUUCCAGUCAUAGAUUUUGAAGGCUUGGGAAAGAGUGCAGCUCAACGGGCUGAUAUUGUACGAAGAAUUAAAGAUGCUUGUGAAAACUGGGGAUUUUUUCAGGUAGUUCACCAUGAGAUCCCAUUAAGUGUGAUGGAGAAAGUAAUAGAAGGUGUUCGCCAUUUUCAUGAGCAGAAUUUUGAGGUGAAGAAAGAGUUCUACUCCCGUGAUGUUACAAGGAAGUUCAGCUAUAAUAGCAAUUUCGAUCUACAUAAAGCACGAGCAGCUAAUUGGAGGGACACCCUUUCAUGUGUUUUUGUUCCUAAUCCUCCUGAUCCCAAAGAAAUGGCUAAGGUUUUAAAUGUUUUGAUCAAAUAUGUGGAGUAUGUGAUGAAACUGGGUGUUACUCUAUUUGAGUUACUUUCAGAGGCCCUAGGACUCAAUCCAAAUCACUUGAAAGACAUGGAAUGCGCCAAAGGGCUUGUCCUCGCUGGUCAUUAUUAUCCAACAUGCCCUGAACCAGAUCUCACUUUAGGCCUUAGCAGUCACACAGAUGGUGGCUUCUUGACUAUAUUAUUACAGGAUCAAGUUGGUGGCCUCCAAGUCUUUCAUGAAAAUCAGUGGUUUGAUGUUCCUUUCGUGCCAGGAUCUCUAAUUGUGAACAUUGGAGACCUUAUGCAGCUAAUCACGAAUGAUAAGUUCAAAAGCGUUCAUCACAGAGUGCUGGCAACUAAUGUAGGACCAAGAAUUUCAAUGGCUAGUCUUUUCAUAAUGAAUUUUCAAGAAGGCAGUGGAUCAGGACUAUGUGGGCCAAUCAAGGAGUUACUAUCAAACGAAAACCCUCCAAUGUACCGAGAAACCAGCAGAAAAGAGUAUGUCACAUAUCUAUACAGCAAAGGACUCGAUGGAACUUCUUUAUCGUCAAAUUUCAAAUUACAGAAAUAG